ACUGGUUUAAGAUUAAAAUAUUUUUUAGCUGCAGUGUACCUACUCUAUUAAGAAAUAGCCUGUUAAAAUAAAAUGGAAAGUGCUACUUCAUAUAAACUUUGGCUGUCGCCAGAAAGCGUGACAGCGGGCAGGUCCUUACUAGGGGGGUUUUAUUUUGGAAGUUUGGCCCGGCAGUCUUUCUCUCCGGCUGUCCUCUCUGUGGCCAUAAUGGAGUAGAUCGGAUUGUUGGCGGAUGAGGGCGCUUCACCGCCAUUUGAAAUACACAUACUGGCUCUACCUCAGCUACAUAGUGUGUGUGUAGCCCUGAAAGUGGGCUAGAUGAUGAACUGAGCGGCAGAUAAAACAAAAAUCUUCAAUAGGAAAGCGGCACCGACCCGAUUGGGUGAUGUGAAAAUCCUCAUCGGACAGAUCUUACUGGGCCGAGUUGGCUGAAGUGAAGAAGCAGGACUUUCCGUGGCUGUUGGUGCUCACGCUGGCCAUCAGAUGACCAAGUUGUGAAAAGUGCCCUGUCCUUGCAGUUUUUCAGCUCGAGACUUCAUUUUAACAUCAUGGCUGUCUCAUCCUCCUCCAAUCUCCUGGUCCUUCUCCUACUAAUUUCCUCCCUGGAUUGGCUGUCCACUCCAGGAUCUACAUUUCUCAUGGGGUGGGACCAUGUGACAUCAUCCGCUCCUCCUGAACCUCAUUUCACAAAGUGCAUAUCAAGGGACCUGGAGACAUUCCGAUGUUGGUGGAGUCCAGGCAACUUCCACAACCUGUCCACCCCUGGAGCACUCAGAGUCUUCUACAAUAAGAAAGACUCGCCCACCAGUGAAUGGAAAGAGUGUCCAGAGUACAUCCAUUCAAAUAGGGAGUGCUUCUUCGAUGCAGAACACACAUCCGUUUGGAUUACCUACUGCAUGCAGCUCCGCAGCCAAAACGUCACCUAUUUCAAUGAGGAUGACUGUUUCACUGUAGAGAAUAUCGUACGUCCUGACCCACCAGUGUCUCUAAACUGGACCCUGCUCAAUGUAAGUCCCUCCGGGGUAAGUUAUGAUGUCAUGGUCAACUGGGAGCCCCCACCCUCUGCAGACGUCAGUUUGGGCUGGAUGCGCAUUGAGUAUGAGAUACAGUACAGGAAGACAAAUACCACGAACUGGAAAGCAUUGAAGAUCCAGCCACACACCCAGCAGACAAUCUACGGUCUGCACAUAGGAACAGAGUACGAAGUGCACAUCCGCUGCAGGAUGCAGGCCUUCACUAAGUUUGGAGAGUUCAGCGACCCCAUCUUCAUUCUAGUGACUGAGAUUCCCAGCAAAGGUCAUGAGUCAACUUUCCAGCUCACGCUGGUUUUUGUUUUCGGGGUUGUGGGCAUCCUCAUAGUCAUCAUGAUAAUUGUCGUCUCUCAGCAGCACAGAUUAAUGAUGAUUCUGUUGCCACCAGUUCCUGCUCCCAAAAUUAAAGGCAUCGAUCCAGAGCUGUUAAAGAAGGGGAAGCUGGACGAGCUGAAUUUGGUCCUGAGUGGUGGAGGAAUGGGUGGCCUGUCCACUUAUGCACCAGAUUUCUACCAAGAUGAGCCAUGGGUGGAGUUCAUCGAGGUGGAUGCUGAAAACGCAGAUAAUGGAGAGAAGGAGGACAACCAGGGCUCAGACACCCAGAGGCUCCUGGGUCAGCCCCAACCCAUCAUCCACCACAUGAACACAGGGUGCUCCAAUGCCAUCAGUUUCCCUGAUGAUGACUCAGGCCGGGCCAGCUGUUAUGACCCAGAUCUGCCUGACCAAGACACCCUAAUGCUGAUGGCCACCCUGCUGCCAGGGCAACCUGAGAACGUAGAAGCCUCGUUUGAUAUUGUAGAAAGAGCCCCAGCCGCAGAGGGAGUCAAAAAGCCCCUAGUCCAAACCCAAACUGGAGAGCCUCAGACUUGGGUCAACACAGACUUCUAUGCCCAAGUCAGCAAUGUGAUGCCCUCUGGAGGAGUGGUGCUGUCUCCUGGCCAGCAACUCCGAAUCCAGGAGAGCACAUCAGCCACGGAGGAGGUAACACAAAAGAAAGGGAAAGAGCACAAAAGCAGCGAGGACACUGAUCAAAAGAAGCAGAAGGAGCUGAAGUUUCAGCUGCUGGUAGUGGAUCCUGAAGGAAGCGGCUACACCACAGAGGGCAAUGCUUGGCAGAUCAGCACUCACCUUAGCUCCUCGAUGCCUGGCGAGGGGUAUCAAACCAUACACCCUCAGCCAGUGGAGACCAGACCUGCAGCCACAGCAGAGAAUAAUCAGUCACCUUACAUUCUUCCUGACUCUCCCCAAUCUCAGUUCUUUACCCCUGUUGCAGACUACACAGUGGUACAGGAGGUGGACAGUCAGCACAGUCUGCUCCUCAACCCGCCUCCCCGCCAGUCUCCCCCUCCCUGCCUACCACAGCACCCACUCAAGGCCCUACCUGCUAUGCCCGUAGGGUACAUCACCCCAGACCUGCUGGGGAACCUCUCGCCAUGAAAUGACAAUGCCAUUAGGUGUAAGGUUAAUUCACCAGGAAGUCCCCUGCGGUCACAUAAGCCUGUUUCUACCUGAUUCCUGCUGGAAACCAAAUAACUUGCAGCACACAGUUUGGAUGAGAGUGUACAGUUGUUUGUUUGUCAGAGG